ACUUUUCACAAGGCACAGGAGAAAGUGCACGUUUCAGAUGGCGUGACGUCAUAAAUUGCAAAGUCAUUAUGACGACGACUGAGCAUGAAUUUUCCUUAUAAAGUAAAGCUGUUUUGUCCUUCUGCCUGUUCGAUUGCAUAUUGACACUGACAUGGCGUUGCGGCGAGCUAUAAACACAUUGCCGUUUAUUUUAUCAAYCCGAAGUUAUGUAUUGUCAAGAACAAUAACAAACACUUUCAGGGCAACUGGAGUUGCUUUUCAGAGAUUCUCUACAGAGCCAUGUUUAGACAACGAAGAGGUUUCGUUGCCAUGCGUUAAAAAGCUUAUAGAGAAAAGUAAUAUCCAACUAAUUGAUGUUCGAAGUCGAGAGGAAAUUGAAGAAACUGGUAAAAUUCCUGGAGCUACAAAUAUCCCACUAGACGAAGUCAAAGAUGCUUUUAUCUUGUCACCSGAUGAAUUUGAACAAAAGUAUAACGUACCCAAGCCAAASCUAGAUGAUGACAACAUCACAUUCCAUUGUAGAACUGGUAAAAGGGCGCAAAACGCCAUCYAAAUCAUCCAACAGCUUGGAUACAAAAGGACACACAACUUUACUGGUGGUUGGUUAGAAUGGCAGGAAGCAAUGAAGACUGAUGAGAAAACCGAGAAAACCUAYGAAAGUGGAUGUGAAAUAGCAACGAUAUAACUUGUAAUUUUAUUUUUUUUCUUUAUUUUUUAAUUGAGCUUCACGUGUACAAAAUAUAUGUAUCUAUAGUAAAUUCAAAAUAUAGUAUGAAUGGUAGUUUUUUUUUAUUUUUCACUUUUGCAUGACGAUCUCUGGGUACGCUAAGUACACAAACAAGUCACUAUAAAUAAAAUGAGAAACAGGAAAAACA